CUGCUGGUGUGUCUGACAGUAUGUAAUUACUACUUUCAGUUCACUACCACCAUAACGAAUGAUUGGAAAGGCAGAAUCCAACUUUGCUUCGAUUGUCUGGUUAAAGAUUAGCCAAUAUUCGUCUUGUAUAGAUCAACCACUGCAAACAGUUUACAGCCAGGACAAAAUUUCCAAAAGCUUCAACCUUUGCCCUCUGGCACUCCUGUAUUACAAACACAUUUGAAUUUAGUGAGAGAAAGCGACAGCAAGAAACCAGCCUCUUAUUUUUAAGCUGACAGCCUCAGCAGAAGAUUUGGAAGUCUUACACUGCAUGCUGUCACCUGACCGCCAGUGAAAAGAUCUGCUGAAUCUGGACCUCACUCCUGUGGCCUGUUUGCAGACAUAUGCAAGGUUUUGAUGCAAAGUUCAUGAAAUGGAGUCAGUAACAACUUCUGCCAAUCAGACUUCAUAUACGUCACCAGAAGGAGGCAGCAAGGCAUGGCACUACCUUGUUGGUGUACUGGUAACAGCUAUCCUCCUCUCAGCAUUGACUGUCAUUUGUGCAAAGUUUAAACUCUUCCACAAAUACUUUACCAGCUACAGCCACCACCUGCUGCCAGAAGCGGCCAUCCAAGAUAAUGACACAGUUAGUGUAAGCAUGGUGUACGAUGGCAAUAUGAAGGAAAAUAGAAAUCAAGCCAUGUAUCCACCUGAGGGCCUGGAAGAAGAGGAUGGAUAUAUUGAAGAUAAUUACAUUCAUAUGGGAGCAAAAUCUGAAGAUGACGAAGAGAUGCACGUUACCAUUUAACAACAACAGAUCCGCCACCUCAAUAUUUUCUAAACCAAUCUGUUUUCACCAACUUGAGAGCUUGAGUUGCCCUGCCCACUUUAUCAUACGCGAUGGUUAAAGUUUGUUGCUCAGCCACUGGAACUUGCUGAAGUCUCUCCCCAUUGUGUGUGAAGAAGAAAUUGCAACUGUCAGAGAAAGGAAAUGAAUCAAGUUCGAAGUUCAAAGUAAAUUUAUUAUCAAAUAAUUAUGUUGUAAGUCACCAUAUAUUACCCUGAGAUUCAUUUCCUUGCAGGCAUACAACAGAUCCAAUGAAAAGCUACACACAAAGACUGAUAAACAAUCAAUGUGCAAAAGAAGACAAACUGUGCAAGUACAAAAAUAAAUAAGGAAAUAAAUGAAAUGGAGAAUAUGAGAUAGAAGAAGAAGUAAUAGCUAAUAUUGGUGUUGUCCAUUGCUUCUUGUGUGACAUCCACCACUUGCAACAAUUGGCCAAAUACUUUUCCUGAUAAAGAAAUGCCGCAAGUUCUUCCUCCAGUGCCCAUGUUCCAUUUUCUGCUGCUUGUUGUGAGCUCUCCUCUGUAACAGAGGAAGGAUAAAUGUUCACUGAAUUUGACUGCAAAUUUGGGUCAGUCUAAAUGCAGUACAUCAUUAAAACACUUCCUCCAAGUCUCACCCUGACGCUCUGUAUUUGAGUCAUUCUACCGUUUCAAUAAUGUUCAAAAGGAUGUUAAGUAUCAUCUUUCUCCUGUAUCCAAAGUGAAAACUGAAACAAGCGAUCUGAGGCAUCAAAUAUCCAGCUGAUUUUCUUUGUAGCUGGGUAUGAGUAGAGUGGGAUGGGAAAAGGACAGAGUGGACCCUUCUUUGCCUGUGUGAUAUAUAAUCAUAAUUUCUGCAGGGUGUCCGAAUCUGCAGUGUUAACAUCCCUUCUUGUUUCAGUUUGAAUGGUGACACUAUUCCUUUCCAAAAUUCACUGCUUUGAUUCAGGUGCAUCCAUAGAACCACAGAAACUUUACAGCACAGAAGGAAGCCAUUCGGCCCAGCUCACCUUUACCAAUUGAAAAGAGCCUAACUCCCUAUUCCAAUCUUCCAGAUCAUAGUCCACAGCUCUGCAUGUACACAGCUUCAAGUUCAAGUCUGGCCACACAUUCAAAUAACUGCCAAGCUUAUGAAUCUACAUUUAAGGGGCUAAUCUACAUUAAGGGGCUACCCAUAACCCAUCCCUCCUAGUUUCUCCCCACAAGACCCAUCACACAACAAAUUACAAAGAAAAAUGGAGCUGGGUUUGGGUGAAGAUAUGGGGGUGGGGGGGGGGAAGGAACUGACAGAGGUCUCAGUUUGUUAUUGCAAAUCCAAUGAAUCAGCUGCCUAGAAAUCUUUCUUGAGAGUUUUAUUGGGCUUUUACCUUGACUCCACUAUAUAGACUUUCUUCCACUAUAUCUAGUUACACAUUUCUCUGUCCUUUUACUGGCGUAAAUUUUGAUGUUUGGAUUCAGGGCUUUUGAUUGAAACAGCUGGUGUUCAGUUUUUGAAACUUCAGGAGGCCUUGGAUUGCCUUCCCCAGGCUCCCAAAACAGAGGUCCAUGACAUAUAUCGUGAAGAAUGUGAUAAACCUAGCCUCACGUUUCCAUUCUGUCCAACUUGGAUCCCAUCAUUGCUUGGAUCCCCUGGUAUUACAAUGAAAAAUGGGAAUAAGAUGGCAGAUGAUUUGAAGCCCCAAAUAAUGGGACUUUAUUGGUGAUUACAGGCCUGUGGAUGAAAUGGCAAAUGGAAAGACAAGUUUCUUUAUAAUUAUUUGGUUUUAGUUCAAUGUUUCUACACUUGCCAAGUUAUCCUGUCUUUUCUUUAACUGAUACUAUGGACCAGAUGAAUGUUUUCAACAUUUGAUCCUGAUUUACAUCUUCGAUUUGUUCAAGUUAUGAAAAUUCCUUGGUUGUUUCAUUUGGAAAUAUUUAAUGUAAGGUUAAUAUUGUGCACUUCAGCAGGAUUUUGAUAAUAAAUGUACCUUGAAUUUUGAA